CGGGCCGGGAGUUGAGCGCAGCUGCCGCUCAGCGUGUGGGUCGCACUCGGGCCGAGCCAUGCAGGCGGCGCGCGUGGACUACAUCGCUCCCUGGUGGGUCGUGUGGCUGCACAGCGUUCCGCACCUCGGCCUGCGCCUGCAGCCCGUCAACAGCACCUUCAACCCUGGCGACGAGAGUUACCAGGAGUCGCUGCUGUUCCUGGGGCUGGUGGCCGCGGUCUGCCUGGGCCUGAACCUCAUCUUUCUUGUGGCUUACCUGGUCUGCGCAUGCUGCUGCCGGCAGGAUGAUGCGGUACAGACCAAGCAGCGCCACUCCUGCUGCAUCACCUGGACAGCCGUGGUGGCCGGGCUCGUCUGCUGUGCUGCAGUGGGCGUUGGUUUCUAUGGAAACAGCGAGACCAACGAUGGGAUAUACCAGCUGAUGUACUCCUUGGAAGAUGCCAACCACACCUUCUCUGGGAUCGAUGCUCUGGUUUCCGGAACUACCCAGAAGAUGAAGGUGGACCUAGAGCAGCACCUGGCCCGGCUUAGUGAGAUCUUUGCUGCUCGGGGCGAUUACAUGCAGACCCUGAAGUUCAUACAGCAGAUGGCGGGUAGCGUUGUUGUUCAGCUCUCAGGACUGCCCAUGUGGAGGGAAGUCACCAUGGAGCUGACCAAGCUAUCCGACCAGACUGGCUACAUAGAGUACUACAGGUGGCUCUCCUACCUCCUGCUCUUUAUCCUGGACCUGGUCAUCUGCCUCAUGGCCUGCCUGGGACUGGCCAAGCGCUCCAAGUGUCUCCUGGCCUCGAUGCUGUGCUGCGGGGCACUGACCCUGCUUCUCAGCUGGGCAUCCCUGGCCGCUGAUGCCGCUGCGGCAGUGGCCACCAGUGACUUCUGUGUGGCUCCUGACACCUUCAUCCUGAACAUCACGGAGAGCCAGAUCAGCACAGAGGUGACUCGCUACUACCUGUAUUGCAGCCAGAGUGGAAGCAGCCCCUUCCAGCAGACCCUGACCACCUUCCAGCGCGCGCUCACCACCAUGCAGAUCCAGGUCGCGGGGCUGCUGCAGUUUGCCGUGCCCCUCUUCUCCACCGCAGAGGAAGACCUGCUUGCAAUCCAGCUCCUGCUGAACUCCUCAGAGUCCAGCCUUCACCAACUCACCGCCAUGGUGGACUGCCGAGGGCUCCACAAGGACUAUCUGGAUGCCCUUGCUGGCACCUGCUACGACGGCCUCCAGGGCUUGCUGUACCUUGGCCUCUUCUCCCUCCUGGCCGCCCUCGCCUUCUCCACCAUGAUCUGUGCGGGGCCAAGGGCCUGGAAGCACUUCACCAGCAGAAACAGAGACUACGACGACAUUGAUGAUGAUGACCCCUUUAACCCCCAAGCCUGGCGCAUGGCGGCCCACAAUCCCCCGAGGGGACAGCUUCACAGCUUCUGCAGCUACAGCAGUGGCCUGGGCAGUCAGACCAGCCUGCAGCCCCCUGCUCAGACCAUCUCCAACGCGCCUGUCUCCGAGUACAUGAACCAAGCCAUGCUCUUUGGUAGGAACCCACGCUACGAGAACGUGCCACUCAUCGGGAGAGCCUCCCCUCCGCCUACGUAUUCUCCCAGCAUGAGAGCAACCUACCUGUCUGUGGCGGAUGAGCACCUGAGGCACUACGGGAAUCAGUUUCCAGCCUAACAGACUUUCGGGGGUUCCUGCCUCCUUUUUCCAUUUUGGUUUUUAAUUAGUGCAAAUACAAGCUGCGUUUCUUUAAUAGAAACCAAAGGCAUCUGGAGCCUGAGAGGCCUCCUGCUGUGGCAGAGGAGCAGCUGGGAUUCCCGACCAAAGCCCCAGGGGGGGCAGAAGACUCACCACGUGGGCCAGCCUCUCUCUUCCGCCCUGCUCUCCACACCAGAAAUGCCCCCAGGUGCUUGGCUGCCUCAGAGGUACCAUCCCUGAGCUGGUUGCCUGGCCGUGCUCACCCCUAUGCCUCGCCCUCGCCAGGAGGGGAGUGGCAGUGAGGAAGGGACCAGGUCAGGUGCUGUGUGUUCUCUCUGGUCCCACAACCAUGACUCUGCCUCUUGUCAGCCUGGCCAAGAGCCCAGACGGCCCCUCUCGGAGUCACCUCUGUCCUCCGUUCCCUGCAGGUAACGUGAGAAGGGCUGAUGAGGAGAUGCUCUUUAAGAAGGUCACACCCUUGAUGACACCAGAACAACCCAAAUCAGAGUUCCCAGGGCCAAACAUGCUCUUCCUGGGCCACAGAGGGGAGGCGUCAGGAGAGCUCUGCAGUGGGGGGCUGGUGGCUCCAGGGCUGGGGGAUCACAGCCUGGCAGACCCCGGUGGGAACAGAGGUGAAAGCCUGCCACAUUCUGCCUGUCUCCCUAAGCCUCCAUUGCCUCACCUCUAUUCCAGAAUCAAUGCUGCAGAUACGUUAGCUGCAGAUAGGCGCGGUCUCAGGUAUGAACAGACAUUUUGAAAUGACUUUAAGUCUUUCUUUUCUCCAGUGUUUUAAACAUGUUGAUUAUCCAAAGAA